GCCGAGCUAUUUUUCUCCAGCUCCAUUGUGAAAGAUAAAGAACAUGAGGUGACACUCGUCUUCAUAUGUGACCUAUGAGGGCUUUUAGGAAUUGUUCGCCACCCACUGGAGAUUUCAACCCCCUCGUGAACUGAUGAUGUCUAAAGUUGUGAAGAGGAAGAGAAGCGGAGACUGACCCUGCUCAGCACUGUGAGGAUAAUGCAAGUUUAAAGGCAAUUGGGUGACAAAGACAGCUGUUGAGUUCGUCCUUCUGCAAGGGUUAAUGGUGGUGCUCUUGAGUACUGAGGGUAGUAGCAAAGGCAAAUAGAACAAAUACCCUAAGAACUUGUUCCAGGAUUAAAAGUAGCAAGAGGACUGCAAGGGAUUAUAAGUGAAGACCAGUGCCUGAAGAGUUAAAGGCAUUCGGUACCUGAGAACUUACAAAGCAGGCAAGCAUCAGCAGGAUUUAAAACGUCAAAGGUGUUCCAGGCUGGUGAGACCCCUUAAAAAUAAAAGGGUACCAACCCGUUGGACUUAAACAAUAACAGAUAAAAUUUUGUUAGGAAGAAGUUGUCCAUCAAACCAGCAAUGGCUGACACUCCCCUCUCUGUCAGUCAGCCGCAACCUAAUGGCAAAACGUCUUCCCUCUCCCCUUGUGUGGGUACAGGUAGUGGAGGCAGUGGUGAAGUGGAAUCUUUUGUAGUCUCUUCUUCCACCAACCGGGACCUGCUCCAAGGAGAAGAGAUGGAUGGUAGGUGGCAACUGAAAGAGACUAAGCAUCAUGAUGGCAGCCCAAUGAGUGGUCAUAAUAAUGCUUGCUCUGGUGCAGCAUGUGGAACUCCUCUGGUUGGGGGAUGCUGUGGUUUGGGUGCCCCAGAAGGGGCUAUUGGUGAGGUUCAGGACCAGAACUGUGGUGCAGAGGUAGAUCUUCAGAAUGCAGAUGAUGGAGAGCAGUUGAAUCUGCAGUGUCAAGGAAAUUGUGGGCCUGUUGGCCAGAGAUGCAGGCCUCAGGCUGGGGGAGAAGAAGAAAGGCAGCUGGGCAAAAAGAAACAUAGGAGGCGCCCUUCCAAGAAGAAAAGACAUUGGAAGCCUUACUACAAGCUCAGUUGGGAAGAAAAGAAAAAGUUUGAUGAGAAGCAGAGCCAGCGUGCUUCAAGGCUGCGGGCGGAGAUGUUUGCCAAGGGGCAGCCGGUUGCACCAUACAAUACCACACAGUUCUUGAUGGAGGACCAUGACCAGGAAGAGCCAGACUUGAAGACUGGCCUCUAUCCCAAGAGGUCUGCUACCAAGUCAGAUGACACCAGUGAAGAAGACUUUGUGGAAGAGGAGGAUGGCGGCAGUGAUGGGAUGGGAGGAGAUGGCAGUGAGUUCCUCCAGAAGGACUUCUCAGAGACGUACGAGAGGUACCAUGUAGAGAGUCUGCAGAACAUGAGCAAACAGGAAUUGAUCAAGGAGUACCUGGAGUUGGAGAAGUGUCUUUCCAGAAUGGAGGAUGAGAACAAUCGCCUGCGGAUGGAGAACAAGAAAUUUACAGGAGACUCAACAACGGAGGACCCCCAGAUAAGUCAGUUGCAGCUUGAACUGGAUAGGUUGAGAGCUGAGAACCAGAAACUUUUGAAAGAGAAUGAACUCUGCAGACAACAGGAGAAACCUCUCUCCAAACCGGGAGAGUGAAACUGAGGGUUUUCUGAGAACUUAAGUGGAAUGGGACAGAAAACCUACCCAAGAGGAGAAUGCAAGUUGCCAUAUCCAUAUUGUGGGUGUGUAUAUAAAAAGACAAAUGGACCUUUUUCUUUUUGGUGAUUGAAUCAGAAUAAAUUGAAAAUCUCACAUUGUUUUUGAAGAUAGUUCUAACAUAGUGUGUGUUCCUUUUUUAAUUAUGUGUAAUCAAGGGGUUUUGAGUAGGGUGCUUUUUUAACGAAACAGAAUUUCCAGCAUUCAUGGGAGAAUGUUUUAAAAGUACAUCUGACUUGUUAAAGCUUGCAUUUUGUUUUUCCUCAAAAGGCGAGACUAGCUGGGUGAGGGAUGGGGGAAAGUGACAAAAGAUGUUGUAAAACAGUUGCAUUCUGAAAAAAGGAUAUACAGAUUUAUGCUAAGAGUUUUAAUAAAUAUAAGGACAUGUCA